AUGGUUCGCCCGUUCUCCCUCCUAGACGAUGUCAACGAGGAUAUCGCGAAGUUCUGCGAUGCGAUCAGGCAGAAACCCGGUUGGCCAUUCAAGCUGCUCGAUGAAUCCAAAGGCCUCGCAGUCAAGUGGGCGAUGGAGGCGCAAUUGCUAGAUGACGAGCAGGGAAUCAACGAUGUCAAACUCCCAGUUGUACAAGCACUACGUGAUCUCAAGGCCGAGGCAAGUCGCAUCGUAGCCCUGGACUAUGCAUCGCAGUUGUUGCAACCAAGUGUUCGUGCAGUGGAGGGCCAGAGAGAGAUCCCUUUUGGUAAGAUAGACAGGGAUGUCACCAAUACAGUCAAGUUUGCGAGGAGAUCCAAGUACUCCGUCACGCAACCCGUUGAGCUCAAAGAAAAGCUUGGGGUCUUCGUGACCGAUGAUCUGGUUCCGAAAUCGCUGCACUCUGAGCUUGUGCAUGAGUUAGAUCUCAUCGCGAGAACGGAGCCUAAAGAUAUCCACCCCGGAAGCGGGGGUAAAGUACAAGAUCUAAUCCACCCUUCUCUAUACCCGUACGUGGGCGACAUCUCGCCUGUCAACCCAGGCGUCCCCCUCCCUCCCCUGAAGGACGGGCACUUCGUAACACAGCAGAGCGCCCUCUACAACUUCACCUUCUCCUCCCGCUUCUCCUGGAUCCCCUCCAUCUUCCGUAUCUCUGACGAUGGCACGGAUGUUCGCAUCGAAUCGUACAUCAACGGGUUGGGCCCGCGCGAGAGAUAUCCGCAUCUCUACCGGGUCAUCGAAAAGGUGUUUCUGGCCGUGCUUCCGCAGUUGGAACGCACGAUAGAGUGGAAAUUUGAGUACGAGGAGACGGCUUCCGAGAAACGGUGGAUGGAGCGCAGCGAAGCGCGGCAGAGCACUACUCGCGAAGCCUGGCUUGCCCUCCUCGAAUCUCAAGCAAAAGACAAGAAAGCCGAAGAAGAGACGGAGGCAAAGCGCCGCGCCAAAUUCACUGAGCAGCAGAUUCGCGAACUCGAGCACGCAUCGGAGUUCUACUCGCUGGACGAUUCUGUCGCUGCUGUGCCCGAGAAAUACAGAGGCAGAGACUUGAAAGUGAUUGUGAAGGCUGCGAACUAUGUGUUACAACCUGGUAAGGAAUACACCGGGACCUGGCAUAUGGAGGGGAUGCCCCACGAACAAAUCGUGGCCUCCGCGAUAUAUUAUUACGAAGCCGACUCCUCCAUCAAUGAUCAGGGGCUAAGCUUCCGACGUCGACGAGCUGAAACAGACUUUCCAAACACAGAGGAUUAUAGGCACGAGAACUUUGAGGUCCACUUUCGCGAAGAGGGAGACAAGGACGAGGAAGAAGAAGAGGAUUAUGAUCGAGAUUACGAGCAGGACUACCCUAGCGAUUGGGAACAUACGGACUAUAACGCAAGCGGAACGCCAGUACCGCGUUAUACCACUGAUCUAGCGACCUUCAUUGAACUCGGCACUGUACGCGCGACCGGGGUGUCCUCUAGGUCGAGUCAACCCACAGGGCGAAUUAUCACCUUCCCUAAUUGGAUUCAACACAAGGUCGCUGGGAUAUCUCACUCUUCUACCGACUCCUCCGCGUCUCCUGCAGUCAGGAAAAUUUUAUGCUUCUUCUUGGUCGACGAAAAUCAAUCAGAUCGACCCGGCCUUGAUCUCGUCUUCUAUCACGGCUACGUAACGCGUGGUCUGAAGGACAUGAACGUCCUGACUUCAGCAGACGUGCCUUGGCAGGCGCGCGAUUGCAAUAUCAAGACUCUGCACUCGCUGCUCACACUUUCCUUCAAACACCGCAUAGGGAAGGAGAUCCCUGGGGAAUUGCGCAAUUACAUAGUUCAGAUGGCGACGGAGGGUACGAUCAGCAGAGAGGAGGCAGAGAAGCGAAGGAGGGAUUUGAUGGAAGAUAGGAAAAUUAAGCCGCAAAAUCACCAGGAAAAUCGAUUCUGGAGGGAUGGGGGAUAUUCCCUCUGUGAACAUUGA